GCAUCACCUUUGCCAGCUGCUGUUUUUUCUCCCGCCUGUGUUUCACCCUUCCACCUUCGCACUCAUAAUUUUUUUAACGUAACUUUCGAAGGGGCACUUUUAAGGAGAGUCACGCUUUUACUCGCUCGACUGCGUGGGAAUGAUUGUGUAUCCCCCGAAUAAAGUGAGCAAUUGAAUGAUUGGCCAAAUGAACAGCUCACCAACUUAACAAAAAAGAAAUAAAAAAAAAGAAACAAACAAAAUUGUCCUAAUUUGACGAAAAAUAAGCAAACUGAGCGAGUAUUUUCACCCCCACACGCAGCACAAUCGCACAUUUUGUCUGAAUGUCUAUAUGUACACACAUUUAUAUUCAAAAAAGGGGGCAGUUAAUUCAUGUUCUCCAUUAUGCCACGUAAUUUCCCCCUCGUAUGAAAUGCUUUAAAAUGGAAGAUUUAGCCAAAAGCGGAAUCUACAGCAAACAGUUCUCCCUCAGCCAAAACAAGCACAGCAGCGAAAGGUUGCAGAGACUUGAAAAGAGACUGAGCGGGCUACACUUCAGCAUCGAAUUGCAGAAAAAUGAAAAGAUUGACAAACUAAACGAGAAGAUCAACCUGCUGGAGGAGAAACUGGUAGAAAUGAACGAAAACUCAAAUAGGACCUUCGAAAAAUUAAAUGAAAAGCUGAACGACAUCAGAGUGGACGUCAAUAAUUACAAAACUGAAUUGGAAGAGUUCAAAAAUGACCACAGGAAAAAAUUAGAAAUCCUCCAGAAGAAGGCUGAAGAAUUCAUAGACAAAGAAAAGGAAGAAUGGAACAAACUCAAAAUAAAAUUAAUAAAAGAUUUUCAAAAUAAGACUAGCUUACUGAAGGAAGAAAUGACCGAGGAGUACGGACUGUUGCAAGAAAAGGAAGAAUCGCUCAGAAGAUUUUACGACAAUGAAAUUGCGAACCUCAAAUCGGUUGUUCAAAAUGAAAUAAACGAGAGAAUCAAAACAGAAAAGAUUAUCCUACGGGACGUCGAUGACAAAGUGAACGAAAUUAUUAAAAUAAUUAAAAAUGAGAAAAUCACCAGGGAAAACUACUCGGAAAAUCUGGUGUCCCUCAUCGAGCAGUACUUUUCGCGAAUAAAAAAGGAAAUUGAUAAUGUACGCAAAUGA